CGCAAUCUCACCGACAAUAAAUUCAGUGUGACAGCCGUAGCGAUUCCGGGUAUUUCUUACGUUCAUUUACGUUACUUCCGAAUUUCAAGCCGGAGAUAUAAAAUCUACUUAUGGGAUGAUCAGUUCGGUACAAUAAAGCAACCUAAGGACAACCGAAAUGGAGCUGCACCGUUUGGCUUCGUUGUUGUUGGUGCUUCUGGUCAUGCCAGAUCAUUCGCAAGAAUAUGACUACGAUUGUGAAAUUAGAACCGGUAACUUUGAAGGUGAUAUGAUUCUUACGGAGCGGCAACAGGAAACGAUCAUUUCCGGGCGGAAUCCAGUGGUAACGGAAGUGGAUAAGUGGGCCAACAAUCAGGUGCCGUAUGUAAUUGAAGCCGACACUUUGACCCACGAUAACGCCAAACUAAUUCGAGAGGCUAUGACCAAAAUCGAAGUUGUCAGCACAAUACGCUUUGUCCCGAAGAAGCAAGAGCGCGACUAUCUGUUUAUUUCCGGGGAAUCGUCCGGAUGUUGGUCAACGCUCGGGCGUAACAGGGGUCUAAACCGCAUGAACAUUUCCCCAAGCGAGUGCAUGUUCGAAGGAGCCAUCAUUCAUCAGCUGUUGCACGUACUUGGCUUAGGACACGUGACCAACCAACAAGAUCGUGACUACUAUUUGGACGUGAACUGGGAGAACGUUCGACCGGAACAUGUUCGGUGCUUCCAGAUACACGAGGGACGUGUUUUGCCGAACCAUGGUAUUCCGUUCGACGAGGAAAGCAUCAUGCACUUUGGACCGAAGCAUUUUAGUCACAAUGGAUUGGACACUAUUAUUCCGAAGAACAAAAACCACACCUUAGGACAGCGCAAUGAGAUGAGCUUGAAGGAUAUUCGUAAGCUGAACAUAAUGUAUCCUUGUGGAUACUGUUGAAAGAGUUGCUGACGAAACUGACUUUUCAGUAAUGAAUUCUGUUUGAAGUUUGGAUUAUUUCAAUAUAUAUGUAAUAUCAAUGCAAGCAUUUGCACU